AUGGGAAAAUUUUUCUCCUGUUUGCAGUGUGAGUGUACUAAAACAAAAGUUAUUCCGCUAGGAAUUUUGCCGGAAUUUUCCGACAAACCGCUCCCUGGAAAAGACAAUUUUCAUCGUACGGUGCAAAAUCAGUGGUCAAACGUUAACUCUCGCGGUUCGCCGCAGAAUCUCUCUAGAGAAGUGACGAUUUGUUCUUCAUUAGCGACUAUCUCUUUAGGAUCAAAACAGUCUCUCCCUUUGUUAGACUGUUUAAGUGCGGAAGGAGAGGCGCAAAGAGGGCAUGACAGCGAUAGUUCCCCAUCAAGCAAAAGGCAUCCCGGUCUUUUUAUUCCGGAGCCCAAUGAGAGCCAGAUAGAUCCCUCAAAAUCUCCCGCUGGCAAGGAUAGUUGGGACUAUAACUCCACCUUACCUCAAAUGAUGGACGGAUAUUCCCUUCCUAGUAUUCCUAUAGAGAAUGGGCAUCAGCGCGUGUGCAUUCAUGGAAUACCGCUGGGAGGUAUAAAUGGUGAUCCGCAUAAAGUGGAUUGCACUCUCUGCGAAAGGCCUGGAUCAAAAGGAGGAAGGGCUCUUGCAGGCAUGGUAGCCUUCCGAAGGGCACAAUCCAAAAAGUCAAAGUCUGGGUCGAUUCUUCAAAGCCAAAAACUGACCGAAGAGCAAGAAAAGAUGAGAAAAACCACAGAAGAGUACGACAAAGCUCUACGCAAGUUUGCUGAGCGGCAUCAGAACGACGAUUAA